UUGGUGGUGUUGCGUUUGAGUACUAUGCUUUAAAUGAGUCUGUUCUGUGUAAAACCAUGAGUGAAUACUAUUACCUUGAUGUGUCACUAGAGCUGGAGCAAGAUACAGCAGAAAUAAGUGCUGUAUAUUUCAAGAAUCAUGUUAUGCACUCAUUGACUGUGCUCUUUGGAGAGGUUGGUGCAAGUAUAAGUGUUGAUAUACUGAAGUAUGACCAAAUAUCUCGGCGAGCCAUCCUACGUUGCCCAAGUGCCUCGUAUGUGAAGCUGCGAAGUUCUUUGACCUUGUGUGGGGAGUACAAUAACGUUUGCUGUGCAUACAGGGUUCAUAAUAGCUCUCCAUGUCUGCUGUCAUUACAAGGCACAAGCAGAACAUACAGGCAUCACUGAGUAUUCUGUACCUA